GCCUGGGGUUAGAGACUUGGUCUGAUCCUCACCCGGGGGGAUGUAACAGGGAUGGGGUGGUAAACAAGACCCUUGUUUGGGGGAGAAGGGGCGAGGAGAUCCGAUAACACUCCCAUCCGUCAUCCCGGGAAUGCUUGCUGACUCUGGUUCCGAUGCAUUUCUGGAGAUUUCACGAUUUGAUGCCACCCGACAGCAUAGAAACUAGGAGCAGGAGGAGGCCAUUUGGCUCAUCGAGCCCACUCCACAUCCUCUAUGAUAUGAUCAAAGCCAAUCUACUACUUCUGCGCCAUUCUCCCGGGCUCUCCCGCUAUGCCUUUAUUGUCCAGAAGUCUCUUUCUCGUAGCAUAUGAAGUGACUUCGCUUUCACAGAUUUAUGUGAGAGAGUUCCAUCCAAUUGAAGAAAUUUCUCCUCAUUUUAAUCCUAAAUGGCCUACACUUUAUCCUCAGACUGCGACCCACCCAAUCCUCGUUGAUCCCUAUUGUAGUCACUGCUUUCCACUCCAACAAAGACCUAUUUGUUCCUACUCCGUUUUCUGUGUGUUAAACAAUUCUAAUCCAUGCCAAUCCUAUGUGCUUUACAUUUGCACAUUACCCUCUUAUGUUGCAUUUUCACAAAAGUUUUUUGAAAAUCCAAGUACAGCACCUCUAUUGGUUCUCCCUUAUUGGUUCUAUUAGUUGCAUCCUCAAAAAAAACUAGUUGUUUUGUCAAACGUAAUUUCCCUUGCAGAAAUCCAUACUGACCUUGUCUAAACCCAUUGAUAUUUUCUGUCUGCCCUAUUAUCACAUCCUUUAUAAUAGGCUACAACAUUUUAGUUAUUACUGAUGUCAGGCUAACUGGUCUGUGAAUUCUUGUUUUCUCCCUCCCACCUUUGUUUUGAAUGCGAUUUUGCAUUUGUCACCUUGCAAUCUGGCGGGGUUGUUCCAAAAUCUACAGACAGUCAGAGGAUGACAACCAAAACAACAGCUUCCUUGGCUGCCACCUUUAGUACCAUGGUUAGAGACAACAAAAAAACUGCAGAUGCUGGAAUCCAAGGUAGACCAGCAAGCCAAGCAGCAUCAGGAGGCGGAGAAGUCGACUUCUUCAUCUCCUGAUACUGCCUGGCUUGCUGUGUUCUUCCAGCCUCCUGCUUGUCUACCUUUGAUACUAUGACACGUAAAUAAUCCGAUCCAGCAUUUUAUCCAGUUGUGCUCAGUUUUCCUCAUUUCCCAUAUUGUUAUAAUUAAAAUAAAAGUUCAAAUAAUAUAAUCAUAAAUGUCAAUAUUUUAAUCUCUUAUUGUUUGACCUGAGAUGCUUGCAAAAGUCUCUUGGAAUUUAAGCUUACAUUUCUAGAGACUCCAGGUUAAUUCUGGAGUGCUAUCACCGAUGCUGUCUCUCCCUGCCCGAGGUAACUGGGACAAAAAGUUGUCCCUCUGUUAGGAAAUGGCUUAAUAACUCCACCUCAAAACAAUAAGACAUUGUUUUGCUGACAAGUCUGAUGCUUUGUGCAUCCAGCCCCAAAGGUAAUGAGGUUCUUUGUGGGGAGGGGGUUAAUACACCCACCUGGAGUGAUGAGGGAUUAUGGGCCAUGCAUGGGAAAUUGGGAAUGUAUCUGAAAUCCCAAAACUCAGUUAACCUUCUCAAUGCAGCUGUGCUCUUGACAUUUAAAUAUAUCCUAACUCUCUUAUAUAGAUUAAGGAAAAGCCACAAAUGAUGGAGAUCAAAAACCAAAUGCAAAAAACUCUGGGAUCACAAAACUAUCAGCAUUUCAUUGAUUAACCUUUCAGCUGUGGCAUCUCUCACUUUUUUUCUCAUGCUGACAAUUCUGUAGCGUAUAUUGAAAAUGUUCUGUCACUGCUUCUUGAUAAAAUUUGUUGUGCAUAUAUAUGUGUGUGUGGGAGAUGUCAUUUCUUCUGUUCAUGUUUGAGUCUUGCUAUGGCUCUGUUUAAAAAUUGUCUUACUGAUGCAAUCUUAUUAAUUUAUACUGCAGUAGAGUUGAGUUAUAUUACAUGUAUAAAAUCCACGUAUUGUCAACUGCAUGAUCCCUAUUGUUGUGAAAAAUUUCUUCUGUUAAAAUGGUUUCUGUCAUACUCCUAUCUAUUGCUGGUAAUAAUACCCAGUCCCAUAUAGCUGUUCUUCAAAUUGGUAAACCACAUUCCUAACAGGUUUAUUUCUUUUGGAACCAUUGUAUGACAUGCAUUACUUAUUUUAAUCUCUUUGAAUUACAAUCCCUGCCUCGUGAUUAACUUCAAAGCACAGAUCUAAGGUGUGCAUAAAUUUCACAUUUAAGUCUACUGUAUAAAUUGUAAGCCUUUUAAAGGCUGGUAGAGAUGACAGACUUGUAGGUGUUGCCAGUGCUGUUGUUCUGUUCUUCACCACUGUGCUUAUACAAUUAUAAAUUGAUUUUCUAGGCACAAAACAAGUUGGAACAAUAGAAUAAAUAACUAUCCUGGUGAAUAUCUUUCACAGUUCAAGUAGACAAAGCAUUACAAUUAGGCUGACAUACAUUUGCUACCACAGAUGAGCAGAUGAUGUUGCAUUUAAGGGGACUCUGGGUGAAUACACAGGAAAAAAAAAGAAUAGGAGAUGGUGAAUAGGUGAGGGAAGGCUGCUAUGGAACUUAAAGUGACAUGAAUCAGCGGCUGAAUUAUUUGUUUCUGUGUCAUAUUUGUUAUGUAAAACUACAUAUUUAAAAAAACUGUCACUGAUAUAUAUGUAUCACAUAGAUUAGACUUGGAAAUAGAAUAUCUAUAAUUAUGGCUUUAAUCUCAACAAGUAGAAAUUAGGAACAGGAAUAGGUCAUUCAGCCCCUUGAGCCUGUUCUAACAUUCAGUGAGACCAUAGCUGGACUGUGGCUAUCCAUCCAAUGAAAUACACCCAAGACCAGCAGAUAUUUUCAUGGUAGUGGAUGUGGUAAUGUGGGGACAUAUGGGAGCUGUUUGUUUGUUGGGUUUAACUGUAUUCACAUGUUAGCUACCCCAAAUCUCAGUUUAAUGAAAUCAUUGAUGUCUGUUGAAGCAGGAAUAGGCUACUCAGCUGCUUUGCCAUUAUGGCUGAUUUAGUUAAGUGCUAUUUUCCAGCCAUAGUCAUUAAUUUUUUUUAAAUGUUGAAAUCUAUCCAUCUCAAUUUUGAACAUACUCAAAGAUUCAGCCUCCUCGGCUUUCUGAGGUAGAGAUUUCAAUGAUACACCAUCCACCAAGUGACAUGCACCAAGUUCCUCCUUAUCUCAAUCCUAAUUAGUCUUCCUCGUGUAUUGUCUUUUUGACCUAGUUCGAGACCCAAACGAGCCUCUCAGCCAUCCUGAAAAACACCUUUCAGCAUAUACCCUGUCAUGCUCUAUAAGAAUUUUAUGUGCUUUGAUGAGAUUGCCUUUCAUUCUGUGAAACUCUAGAGAAUAUAUACCUAGUCUCCUCAGUCUCUCCUCUUAAGGCAGCUGUCCAGAAAUCAGUCUGGUGAAUCUUCAUUGCACUCCCUCUAUUAUAAGUAUAUCCUUGCUUAGAUAAGAAAAUCAAAAAAUACAUGAUAUUCCAAAGUUUUUGUAGGUUCCAAGGUUUUAUAGAAUUCAGCAAGACUGCUUUACUCCUCCAAUGAAAUCCUUUUGUAAUAAAUACUAAAACACUGUUUGCCUUCCUAAAUGCUGCUGCACCUGUAGUCCACCUAGGUGCCUUUCGAUACUUUCCAAUUUCUCACCAUAGAAUCAGUUUGGGUGGAACUAAGAAACUAAAAGGGACAAGAAACAUUGAAUCAUCAAAUAGCCAUGAUGAUGUGAAUCAUGGAAUUAGAAGUAUGUGUAAGAAUAAUAAUACAGCAACCAUUUAGGAUUUCAAUGUUAAUUUAAACUAGGUAAACCCAAUUAAUACUAAUAUUGUGGAGGAAGAAUUCUUGAAUUGUAUGUGAGAUGAAUGGUUUUCCAGAGCAGCAUGUUGAGGAAACAACUAGACUAUUUGAAAUCUAGUGUUGCACAAUGAGAAAAAGUGCUCAUUAAUACUUUCAUAGUAGAGGAGUCUUUAGAAAAAAAUUAUGAUGAUAUAAUUUUGCAUUAAGUUUUAAAUGAAUAGUUUGAUCAGAAACAAGGGUCUUCAAUCUAAACAGAAACUACAAACACAGGCAAAUUGGCUAUGGUGAAUUGAAAAACUAAAUUAAAAAAUACGUAGUAGAUAAGCAAUGGCUAAGAUUUAAAAUUAAACUAGUGCACAGUUUACAAGAAAAAUAUAUCCCUUUACUAUAUGAAAAUCCAGCAAGGAAAGUGUUCUGACUGUGGCUAACAAAAUAAGUCAUAGAUUGUAACACAUCAACAAGUGAGGCAGAUAACGUUACUGAAUAAUAUAGUAAACCUGAGACCAGGGAGGAUUUUAGAAUUCUGCAAAAAGAACACCAGGAAAAAAAUUUGUGAUAGAAAAAAUAAAAUGAGUAUACAUGAGUGAGAAACAUAAAAAUAAACCAUGAAGUCUUCUAUUGGUUCUAAAAAGGAAAAGAUUAGCAAAACCAAUUAUGAAUCAAUUACAAGCGGAGUCCGUUUAAUUUAUAAUGGGGAAUAAGCAACGUGGCAGAGAAACUAACAACUACUUUGUAUUUGGCAUGGUUUCCAUAGACUAAGAUGUGGCAAAUGUAACUCCACUGUUAAGAAAGGAGGGAGAGAAGGAACUUCAGACCUGUAAGCCUAAUGUCAGACCCUUUGAUAAGUGAUGCUUAAUCAACUCCCAAUGUUUGCUGACUCACGCUGUUUCAUAGAUGCACUCAGACACUUGGGUGUCUUGAUCUUUCUUUCUUAACAUCCUUGCUGUUUCGUGAACUGGUCUCAUUCUUUGUCGAAGAAUGUGGUGCUGGAAAAGCACAGCCGGUCAGGCAGCAUCUGAGGAGCAGGCAAAUCGAUGUUUCAGGCAUAAGCCCACCUUCGUUGCUGAUGCUUUUCCAGCGCCACACUCUUUGACUCUGAUCUCCAAUAUCUGCAGUGCUCACCUUCUCUCUGGUCUCAUUCUUUAUUAACAACUCUACCGAUCUCCUUUUCCUUUUUUCUCCCUCUAUCCUUCCUAAGAGUCAAAUACCCUUGAACAUACAAUUCCCAGCCUUGAUCACAAUACCUUGUUCUGUAUGCUCUAUGCAUUCGGAUAGAAUGCCUUUAAUUUGUAUUUUGUUUCCUUCUCCCUGUUUACAUCUAGGGGAAGAAAUGAUUGUUUCAGGAUAAAGCUGCUUAGUUCAGUGAAAGUUAAGAGGAGAUUUGAUAGAGGUGUUUAAAUUAUGAAUGGUGAAGGGUUGAUAACUGAAGGCCAUAGACUUUAAGGCAAUUCACAAAAAAAAUCGGAUUAUCAUGAGGAAAAUUUUUUUGUGGACCGAUUGGUUAGGAUUUUAAAGACACAAUUUGAUACGGUGGAAACAGGUUCAAUAAUAACUGGAUUACCUUUUGAAGAAGCCAAAACAUAUUUGAUUAGCUGAAUGGCCACCUGUGUUUCACUUCUAUAAUCUAAGGCUGACCACCACCUGCUGUUCUUAAUCACUAAACGAAGAGAUGGACCAAAUAAUUUCAAUACUUGAUUACUAGGGGAAAAUGUGAAAUUUGUGUCUCAAAUACCAUUUUUCCUUCUUUCUCCCAUUCCCAGUUUAAGAAUGUUUCAGGCUGUUUAUACUGUUUCUCGAAGGGUUUAUUCUUACUAAAUCUUGAAUAGAAAUGUGACAAUAGUAUUUGCCUGAAAGCAAAAAAACAAAUACUCACUACUGCUUGCAUUUUCUGGUACACCCAUUCACCACAGAACCUGACUAACUGCUCUUUAACUUUACCAGGUGAGUUGAUAUAAAGUGGGACAGUGAGGGAUAAAGGGGGUAAACCUCACUGGCUCUUUGCUUGACAUCAGGCGGUCAAGCCCAAACUUGAGAUGUCCUGUUCUGAUGCUCUCAACAAGGGUUUUUGGGUGAAGUGAUGACAGAAUGGAGCCUGCUGUCAAUGAACUACAAAGAACUAAGAUACCCCCACAUUUGAGGUGACCCUGACACUUUUGAAUAUCUUGAAUUUAAGAUUUUUAUUUUAAAUUCAGAAAACUUGCUUUUCAUUUUCAGUUCUGAUCCUGGUUAUAUCCUUAUGAUCUUUAACAGUUUCACCCAGAGCACUCCUCUUCAGCCUCAGGAGGUGGGUCCGUUAGUGGUUUCAUUUGAUUUUUUUUUAUUCCACAGGGAUUUCACCACACAUUCUUCCACCUCUCCUCCUGGCUUCUAUUUCUUCUUCUUUCCAGACGUCACUGCUGAUGCAGCAGACACAGUGGCUUUUGGACAGUUACCUCUGCAUUGUAGUACACUUUCCUUCAUGCCCAUGUAUUGGUAAAGGGAUGUGACCUCUUCCUGACAUGUAAUGUCAUACUGUUAUUGCUGAACCAAAGUUAAUUAGUACUUCCUAAAGUUGAAGUUGUUUUCCUUUCUGAUUCAAACAGAUUAAGAGGUACAUUUGAUGUGGUAAUUCAUUCUUCCUUUAUCCUUAAGCAUCAUUCCUUUCCUCAGAAGAUCACAGCUUCUCCUUUUGGACAUCUUUGAACAAUCUUUUUUUCUUAUUCAUUCAUGACUGGGGAUAUCACUGGCUGGGCCAGUAUUAAUGCCCAUUCCAUUUGUCUCGGAGAAGGUGGUGAUGAGUUGCCACCUUGAACUGCAGAAGGGUGGAAGGGAAAUUCGGAAUUUUAAUCCGGUGGUAGUGAAGGACAACAAUCUACCUCCAAGUCAGAAUGGCAUGUGGCUUGGAGGGGAGCUUGAAGGUGGUGGUGUUCCAAUGUAUCUGCUGCCAUUAUAUUUCUGGUGGCAGAGGUGAAGUUGUUGGAGGAAUUUCCUUUGUCAAUUUCCUGCUCUUGUUCCAGGCACUUUGCUUCAGGCCUCUGCUUUCUUUCACAGGAAGGCUGAAAUUGACUGUUCCCAUUCUGGAUCAUCCAGUUUUCCAUAUCUAGGAAGGCUGUUCAGCUGCUAGUUCAAAAGAUUUGCAGCUUCCAAGUUAGUAGUGUCCUGUGAAGCUAGUGGGAUUUCUUGGGGUGACGUUAGGAAUGUUUCGAACCAAGGAGCUUUAUAAUUGUGAGAACAAUGCUUGGGAUUGCACACAAAUGGGGAUGCAAACAGCAAUAACAAUAGAAGCCCUUGUGUCGAUAUCAUCAUGAUAGAAUUUCAAGGAGAUCACAGUUGUCUGUGUGUGCUGUUGAUGCUUUACACAAAUUGACUGCCACAUUUAUCCACAUUGCAAUGACAGCUUAUUAAAAAUACUUAAUUGACUCCAUAGCUCUAUGGGGCAUCCUACGGUCAUGAAAGGUACUAUUGAAAUUAUCAGAUAAUGUGUGCAAAACACAACUCAUCUUUCAUGGUCAUCUCUGAGCAGGAUAAAUUCACUUCUCCACAAAUCCUCACUGAACGUUUUACCUGCACAUCGCCAGUAUAUUUUUUUGAAGGACAACAUUGACCACAGAACUAUGCUAUCAGCACAAAUUUACCAGCAUUAAUUUGUGACUUUUAAAUAGCAAAAUAUUAUAUUCAGAUUUUUGUCUUGGUACCAAUCAGAAUGUGUUGCCAAAGUGAUGAAAAGCAUUAAAGAAAUGCACUUUUUUUUCCUUAAUUGGUACCUUGCACACAGGAUACUUCCUCCGAAUUCUUAUGUUUCGGCUACUCUGCAAGUUCUUUAUACUUGUAUGUCACAAUUGAAAGCAUUAUCUGACUUUUCUUAAGGAGUCAGCAGAGACUCCCAAGAAGACUGAAGACAUCAUUGGGAAUGACAAGUUUUGGAAUAUCUCACAAGAUCAUUUCCUUGGUUGACCUGCAAGGACUGGUUUAGAUGGCAGCCCUUUAGUCAUCUACACAUUCACCUUUUAGCCAAAGGAUAAAUUAAGCCACAUGAGUGUGUUGGAGAUGCUGCCACAUGAACUUGCAACCCACCUUUGACCCUACACGAUGCUGCCUUUUGUGAGUUACAAAGGAGAGAAUUUGGAAUUUGCAAUGCUGAAUUUGGUGCUGGGUGAGUGGAUUGUAAAUGGCCAGGGUAUCUUGGCUAAUAUGAUCCAGAAUACCUUUGUCUAAAAUUGGCCUUUUCCAAGCUGAUACCCUCAACUCCAGCAAAUGAGUUUGUGUCAGGGCAUUUCAUACCUCCAUUCACCAUACAUCGUCAAGCCCAAUGUACAAAAGAUUUGAGAGUCUCUCAUUGUUUAGUAUCUUGAAAAGGACAUGCAUGUCCUUGUUGAAAGGACAAAUAGUUCCUGUUUUUCUCACUUGCAUUUCUUGGAUUAUGUUGGAUUUCCCAAAAGCAGUUAGUCAGGUGCAUUUUGUGGUUAAAAACCCAUCAUGUCUUUCUGAUCUUUGUGGCGUUAUCAGCAUGCCCAAGUGAUCUCUAAUACAUUAGCUUUUACAUGAAAUAUAGAUUACAACUAUUUAUAAAACAUUGUUUCAAUUUUAAUAAAAGAGCUAAACACUUUUUUUCUUCCUUUCUUCCCCUCUCUGCCAUUGAAGAAAUGCUCAACUAUGCACCCAGGCGAUAUCCCAGGGAAUCUUAUGAAGAAAAUACACAAUACGAUGGCCUUCCCUAUGGUGACUAUGAAUCUCCAUCUCACAGAUCGGAGAGAUGGAGGAAUAUGUCCAGUCAGGCAGAAAUGCCUUCUGAAGACCAUAGAAGAUAUUAUGAUGAUGCUUCCUAUUCAUCUUCAUCAAGAGAAAAUUUCUUGGAUCACCAUGAGAGAGAUGAUCGCCGUUCACAGUAUAACAAUUUAAGGGGCCCUAUUGAACCCAGUGGGGAUCCAGGGCCGUUUGGAAGAUCAGUAAAUUCCAAUGACAGUCCUUCCAUGAGAGGAUCUGGAAUGUACAGAAGAUCAGUGAGCCCCGUUGAGUCUAGAGAUCGGUCAGGCUCAUACAGAAGACAAACAAGCCCAAAUAAUUGGCAGUCUCAAAGUUCAGUUAAUGACUCAAGAGAUUACCAAUUCUAUAGGCGAUCCCAAAGCCCCAGUGGCAGAGAUGGUCUAAAUGUAUACAAUAGAUCCCAAAACCCUGUUGAUACAGCGGGACAUUCAGAAACACACAGGAGAUCCUGGACCCCUGGUAAUGAGACCAGAGAUCAAGGAUCAAACCCCAGAUCCAGAAGUCCUGUUAAGGCACCAGAUGCAGAGUUAUACAAGUUAUUAAGUAAUGUUAUUGAUAAUGCCCGGCGUAUGGCAGCUAGUAAGAAUGAUCCCUCACACACAUCCUGGAGAGACCCAUCCAGGGAUUGCUCUCAAAUGGAUUCUUCUAUUUAUCAGUCCACUACAUCCACAGAUGGGUUCCAUGCAGCUGAGGAUUAUAACCCUCGUUUGAACCAACGGAGUUCUCUUCGUAAAAACAUAGAAGCCUCCAGAAGAGGUCCUUCUUUUCCUAAAGUGCCUCCUAAAAAUACAAAAGGACCUUUGCUUAAGCGUCCAAAGGUUCAAGGGCGUCAUGGCCUUCUGGGGAGGGCUCCGGGCCUUCUAGGCAGAGCCCCUGGCCUUCUAGGUACAGCUCCUGGUCUUCUUGGGGCUGCCCCUGGUCUUCUAGGGGCUGCUCCUGGUCUUCUAGGAACAGCCCCUGGUCUUCUAGGGACGGCUCCUGGUCUUCUAGGGACAGCCCCAGCUGGUUUAGUGGGUUCUUCUGUGUCCAGCAUGCCAGUGACCACUUACGAAAAUGUUUCCUCAGACUCUUCAGUUCAUUUGUAUUCAUUGGGAAAUAUGUCCGCUCUAGGUAGUCAAAUGGAACUGGGACAGCAAAUCAUAAAAUGGGCUGAUUUUCACAGUGUUGCUGUUGACCAUUCCACAAAAAAGAAGUUUGAUCCCAAUACAGAUACCUAUUCUAAGGUAGCAACAGCUUUCCAAUGCUUGAUGGCAAAGCAACAUCAUGAUAUCUGUGAUUCAACAUUAGUGGCACACUUAGGCCUCACAUACCCUGUGAUCGAUAACUCUUUUGUAUCUCUAUUGAUAAGGAAGAAUGUCAUUACAAGUAGGUUAGAGUUGGAUGAUAUUGUUCAUCAAGAAGAAUCUCUUUUGCAAGAGAUACAAAGCAAGCUGCUGGAAUGUAUAGGUCCGCUUCUUGUAGUAAGCAGUAACCAUGAGCAGAGCUCUAAGUCGCAAAGUUCACAGGCCCCUAACGAAAUUGCCAGUGAGCUAGAGCAUGCAGUUACAGCUUGCCGGCAAGCAAUGGUAUUCAUUGGGCAAAUCUUUGCUUUUGUCAGCGAAGAAAGAAGGAAAAAUCUGUUGCGCAAGACUGGGCUGAUCUCAGUGGCUCCGAAGUAUGAUUAUUUCGUGAACCUGGAAAGCAAUCAGCUGUUUGGAAACAAAUACACAAAUGAGCUGAAGAAUCGAGUGGAGCAAAUCUACCUCCCCCCAUUACAUAGCCAGGUUUCUUGUUCCAGUAAAUUUGUGUCAAAAGUGGAUGAACAGUCAAAGAAAGAUGCAGCAAUCAAGCCUUCAAAAACUUCAUCUUUGGCAGAUGCCAAAGCCAGCAAGCAGCCAGAAACAGUUUCUUCAGCGCCAGAUAACAGCAAUGAACAGAAGACAACACCAACCGACGACAUUGACCAGAGCAUGGCAGAGAAAGGUGCACCAUCAACAGCUGAUGAGAGUGUCCACCCUCCAGAAGACUCACAGGUCAAGACCAUUAUUGAUAAACUGGCGAUGUUUGUAGCAGAGAAGGGUGAAGCAGCAGAGAAAGCAGUCAUCCAGCACAAGAAAGAGGACUUCAAAUAUGGAUUUUUACUUGACCCAAAAAGCAACGAGUACAAGUAUUAUAAGCAAAAAGUGGCACAGUUCUCUAAAGAAAACACCUGCCAGUCAGGCAUACCUGCUGCUGUUGAGAAUGAAGGGUCAGAAUGCAACACAUCCACGGACAACACAUCCAGUGGUCUCCAAGCUGAGUUCCUGACAGAGGUUGAAAGUUCAGCAACUUGUUCGACUGCAGAAGAAGGUGAUUCUCUCAGUGACACCAAGACAAAAACCACUGCAGAAAAACUGGCCAAGUUUGUGGCUGAAUGUGGCCCAGACCUUGAAGAGAUUGCCAUUGAAAACAACCGGGAUAAUCCAACCUUCUGGUUUCUGUAUGAUGAAAAUAGUUCUUACUACAAAUACUAUAAGGAGAAGGUGAAGGAAUACAGUGGGAUGAUAGAGAAAUCUGAUACUUCCAUGGAUCCUGCACCAGAGGGAGCAUCUUUGGGGCGUUCAGUUCUUCCCAGAAAACGGAAAGGCCUGACUUUGAAAGUGGGCAUGCUGCCUCCGAAAAAAAUCCGCCCAAAGGCUGCAUCAUCGCCAGUCCGAGAGUUAAAGAGAAUUGGUUAUGACAAGCCAACGUACAAACCGAAAAAAAAGACGAAAAGUGAGGAUCUAAAUUACACUAAAAACAAGCUGGCAGUGGACAACGUUGGGUACAAGAUGCUACAGAGAAUGGGCUGGAAGGAUGGUGAGGGACUCGGCUCAGAAAAGCAAGGAAUUAGAGACCCUGUCAACAGAGGUGUGACAUCGACAGACAGGUCUGGACUAGGAGUUGGCGGCACUGCAGAGAAGGAUGAGGUGGAUAAUGAAUUUGCUAUUUUCCGUAAACGGAUGAUGGUGGCAUUCAGAUCCAAGCUGCUGUCUAAAUCCUAGGUUAAUCUUGGGCAUGUGAUGCUGGGAGUUGCUGAAAGUGGAGAAUGGUCUUUGUGGUACAAGCGUAGAGGGUUUGAGGCCAUAAGAAGUGAAAUGACCUGAAAAUGCAGAAUAUUUAAAAUGGAAGCUAUCCAGAGGAGGAAUGAAUGGUGGAGCGCAUUAUACCUAGUAAACUAGUAAUCUAGUAACUCGCUAUACUUGGUAACUUACUGUACAUGGUAACCUGACCGCACAUAACAACAAAAUCCAGACAUCUGGAUAAUUUAGAAUAUCCAAUCGUUUAGCUGGAUCCAAAUGUUUGUGUAUGUGGUUGGCCAACCCAGGUGUAUACAUUUGAUCCCUUUCCUGUUGGAGGAUGAACACUUAUAGGAAAUCAGUAAUACACUUGUUUCAUUCUCAUUUUUUUUACAAUGUGUCUUAACGUAUUCUCCAUUUUAGGUGUCAUUGUUUUCUAUAGAAAAUUGAUGAACCUUUCCGCAGUGCUUGCUCUCUCUUUUUGCCACCCCCUCGACUCCCCAAGCUCACGCUUUCUCUCCUCUCUCUCUCCCUCCCUCCCCCCUCUCGUUCACCCACUCGCUCGCUCUCUCUCUCUCUCUCUCUCUCCCUCCCCUCUCUGUCUCUCUCUCUCUCUUUCUUUUAUACAACCCAGCUUCAUGGGUGAUACCUUGAAUGUUGCUGCACAGGCCUUGGUAAUAGGUAAGUAUCUGUCAUAGUUGCCUCUUCAGUGAUUUGCAAGUGGAAGAUUUGUGUCUGCCUAAACCACAUUCUUCCAGACUGCAAGUAGAAACUCUCCUUGCACCAUGACAUUUCAUUAAAUACAGUCAGCCAUAACCAAACCAAGUAUUAAUCUAGGGACAGUUGACAUCACUUAUUUUUGUUUCUGGGGAAAAGUCUCAGAACAUCACUGGCUGAAAAAUACAAUAUGGAGCACAAGGACAGAGAACUAUUCAUUUGUUCCAACAGCUGGGAGAAGCUGUGUUGAAUGAGAGUUUUGACAAGAGAUGAUUGAAUGUUAGUAUUGACAUUGCUGGGUGAGAUUCAUAGGGAAACUAUUAACACAUUGCUCGAAUACACAUUUGCAGCAUCACCACAGAUUGCAGUCGUGCCCUUCCCAAUGCCAACAAUUCCCCAAGAUUGUAUUGACCUUCAAAUUGCACUGGCCCCAUCACUAUAAGGUGUGCCCAGAUCCCUUUGGGCAAUGGUACAGGCAUGCGAGGACAAUCCUACUGAGGGUACACAGUCAGGAUAUGGAGGGAUUCUCAUUUAACCAACUGUGUGGGUCUUGAUAAGAUGUGUGUGGAUGAGAUGACAGCACUAGACUGAAUAUGCAUCGAGAACCUGGUAGGGAGACACACAACCCUAAUGAAACCCGAAUUGUAAAAAGUAUUGUAGCAAAAGUGCUUGUUCAAAUUCCUGUGUUUCUGUGCCGUUCUCUUGACUUAGCUGUCGUGUUUGUCGUGUUAUUUAUAUCAGUAGUCAAACCUUGUGAGAUUUUGCUGAAUUAUUUCACGUUGCUUCACUUAAUUCAGUCACUGUUCUCGCUGUGGUGGUGUUAUUCACUGCUGAGUUAACCUACUCUGCACAGCUGUAUUGAAGAUGUCACCAGAAUAUUGUCAACUUUUGGAUAGUGAAUGAGUUUAAGAAAGUGACCGUUUCUUACAGAUGCAAAUUUAUAAUCUGGAUAUACUGAAAAAAAAUAAAGCAAGCGUGCUAAAAGCUUCUCUCACCCAAA